AAUGAAUUCUGUAUCUGUGCAACAAAUUAGAACGCAAGUAUUUUUGUCAACAUGUCGGACAACGAGGACUUACUCGGCGAUGAUUUAGGGGACCACAGUCUCGCAGAUUAUAACCUCGGCAAUGAAGAAGAGGAGCAGCUUCUCGCUGAUGAUUAUGACAGUGGUCCAUCACAAAAUGUCCCCAGUUCGAACAACUCUUCAUACAGUGAAUCAGUGGACACAGUACCUACUAGACAAAGCAUUGAAUAUACUCAGCCCGUGCCAUACACACCAGAGCCAGAAUGUGUUGUACCAAACAUAGUAGUGGAAGUACCGAACAUGCCACAAACGGAGCACACAACAUAUGCACCAUUCAAUGAACCAUAUGAGCAAGAACAUGCAGUACCACCAGCCAUUCCGGCCGCCCCUGCGGAGUCACCACAAAUCGUACCGUCGGAGAUGGCCCCUGCACCGAAGCCCGCCAGCCAGCGCUCCCCGCGCGCGCGGAACAUUCCCGACUCGCUCGAUAAAGUGUUCGUACCGCGAAAUUCAUACAAUGGUCGCGGUCGCAGCUCGUGGAGAAACCCCCACUACCGACAGAACCAUCCCUACAGGCGGAAUAACACGUUCAGGGGGAACUUCGGUCAGCGCCCAUCUUUCCCUCCGCCACACAUUCGACCACAGAUCCCAAACCAACCACCAAUCAGACCAGAUAUACCAGAACAUCGUCCGGAUUUACCCCAAAUGGAUCGAGAAUUAUCCCCCGAGCGACCCCUUCCACCCCAAGAAAUGAUCCAACCUUCGAAUCCACAAAUUGAGAACCAACCUUACAAUCAAAACUUCCAAAGAUUCCAGUUCAGGAAUGACGAGAGGCCAAACUUUGGUCCAAACAUUCGACCCAACUUCGAACGUCCAAUGUUCUACCAGCGUCCUUACAAUCCAAGACAAUUCGGUCCCAGAGACAUGAUGCCUAAUAAUAUGCCCCAAGUCAUAAGACAACCUUUGCCCGUGAUGACGGUGAACCUGCCCAAGGGUAGGGAACCAGAAGUGAGAAUGUUGCCGGUUUUGCCCCCGAACCUACCGAACUUACCCCCUGGCGGGUUAGCUGGGAAGAAAGUUUUGAUCAAUCCUCACUUUAAAGGGAAUUUCCAACCGCCUGUCGAAGGGCUCCCACGAUACGUUCCGACGAGAAUACAAAAAAGCCCGCCUCUCAGUCCCACUCUGGAGAGCAAAUUCGGCCCCAUCAAGGACAUCGACGACGCGGCGGAGCGGUUCAUCGCCGAGCAGCGCAGCGCCCUCGCGCGCGCGCAGCGCCGCCACCGCGCCGAGCCGCAGAGAUACAUCGAGAACACGACGAUAGAGAUAGAGAACGAUCUCGCACGCAGCUGCGAGGAUCGCGAGCUGCUCCGGAAACAGGAGGAGUUCAUCAACGCCAACAGAGCCGGUCUGCGGAGACGGAUGCGCUCGCCGUCGCCGCCGCGCUCGCCGUCCCCGCGCCGCAGCCCCGAGCGCCGCCCGCGGCCCUGCGACGAGGAGAGCGAGUACCGGCGGCGCGUGCGCGAGCAGGAGUCGCUGCGCGAGCGCGUGCUGCGCGCCAAGGAGCUGCGCCGCCGCAAGAACGCCGCCGCCGCCUCCGCCGCCGCCGCCGCGCCGCGCGAGCCCGCCAGGGAUAAAGAUCAUCUGGACAAGGAAGUUCCGAAGGAAGAAAUAAAGCAGACGGAUGUAAAGGACGUUAAACAGAGCACCGUAUAUGCAAACGAUACUCAGCAAGUGAAGCCGGAUACGACGCGAAAGACACCGGAGAGGGAGAAGGAGACGGAGGUGGUGGAAGAAAAGAAAGAAAAGAGAGAUAGGUCUCCUAUCAAGGUCGUGGAGAGCGCUGAAGCUAAUUCUACUUGUGAGACGCUGACGCCGCCGCCGCCGUCGCCCGAGCGCGGCGCCACGCCCCCGCUGCCGCCCCCCGCGCGCGCCGCCCCCGCCGCCCCCGCCGGCCCCGCCGCGCUCGACAGCGACGACGACCUCGACCUCAUCCUCGACGACAUCGACGACAUCCUCUCCGACGACGACGACUCCGGCCGCUUCAAGGAGAAGGCCAGCAAGGAUGACGUACCCAAAACUGUUGAGAAGCAAGUCGACCUCCGCUCGAAACUACCGCCCAAAGUUGCAGAACCCAAGAAACCCAGACAGAAGAUAACUUUCAACGACAACAACGAAGAUAAAAAAAAGAAAGAUAAAUCGCCAGUUCGCCGAGUUGGCUUGGGAUCAAAUAAAACGAGCCACGCUGUGAAAGCUGACACUAAAACCGACAAGGAAAAAUCGAAAGUGGAAGUCAACUCCAUUACUAUUAAGUCGAGGCAAAAGAUUACAUUUGACAAAAAAGAUAGCGGGCGCUCGGCGCGGCGCGUGGUGCUCCGCGCGGCGCCCGACAAGUCGGUGUUCGCGCGCAUCGACGCCGACCCCUCGCAGCCCACGCCCUGCAUCUUCAGCCGCGCCGUGCGCACCGCCAUCGCGCCCCCCGCCGCCCCCGCCGCGCCCCCCGCGCCCGCCGCGCCCGCCGCGCCCGCCGUGCUCGUGCGCAACCUGCCGCCCGGCAUCACGGACACGCGGCUGCGCACGCUCGCCGCCGAGUCGCAGAGCUUAAGUUUGGAUAAAGAGGAACGCAGCGCUAUUAUAAUAUUCAAAACGGGUCUCGCGGCUGAGAAUUUUAAGAAGAAAUUCAACAACAAGAUGGUCGCUGCCAGUCGUUUGACUGUUACUUUACAAUAGAAUACAUAUUUAAGUUAACUGAUUAUUGUUUAACAUUCAAAUAUUUCAUAAGCCACUGCCACACCUGCUAAUUGUGAUAUCGUUACUGUUUUUAAUCUGUAAGUAAAAGGCGUUGCAAUAUGUAGGUCUAUUGAGUCAUAGGUGUCAUCCUAAUAAUAAAAUAGGUAUAUUAUUACAAUCUCGAAAUAUUUUUUUAACUUAUAAAGUUCGUAAGAAAUAAAUUAGUUUUCGCUAAAUAAUUCCAUAGACUCUUGUUAAUGGACCUUUAAAAACCAGUUAAUAACACAAGUGUAUGUGACAAUACGCCUUCUAUAUGACCAACCUUUUAAAAGUUUAUCUUACGCUACUCAAAAUUUGAUUUUAAUUUGACUGAUGUAUAGAGUACCUUCAGCCACUCAGGUGUGACCGUAGCUUUAUAAAUAAUUCCGCACGACUUUGUAAACGGUAAUUGCCAUUAACAUUUUAUUUUCUUCUAAUGAAAAUAUACUUUAUAGAUAUAUAAAUACAAACCAUGUAUAAUUAUUAUUAUUAAAUAUUUGUUUAUACUUGUAUGAAAAAAUGCUGAAGAUAUCAAUGCGUAAAAACAGAAAUGCAUAGUUUUUGGUUAAGUGAAAAUAUUUCCUAACGAAUUUGUAUAAACACUAAAAAGACAUUACAACAUUUUUGAACGGCAAGAAUUUAAUUUAUUUUUCUUUAUUGUAAUUAUGAGAAAUUACAAUAUUAAUAAACAUACAUACAUUUAUGUAACCGAAUAUAUGGUAUCCGUUUACAACGAUUUGACAUUUUUAAUUUUUUCAUAAAAUAAGUUUAUAGUUAAUUGCUUAAAUAAUGUCUUAGAAUAAACUAUUAGCCGACUUAACAUUUUAAAUUUUUUUUAUUACUCGUCAUUACCAAUAGUACCGACAGCAGAAUAAUUAAAUUUUAUAGUCACUAAAUUAUUUGGUCAAUACUCGUACAAAACAGAUGCACUUAAGUCGUUUUAAACGGACUCCGUUGUUUCUUUUUUAUGACUUGAGUAAUAUAUCGGUGAAAAUGUUUCGGUUUCACUUUAUUUAUCGAGAGAUUACUGAUCGAAGGCGAACAUUUAUUAAAUCUAUUAUAAACACUUAGUUCGAUCACAUGUAAAAUUUGAUAAUUCAUAUUGAUUUUUCCAAUUGAAAAUAAUUUUGAAACGUUUAACUUAUUUGAUCCGAAGCGUUGCCAUUUUGCAUUUGUGGAAGUCACUAUUUGUGACUGACUAUAUAAAUUUUUGUAUUCUGUAUACAAUAUUAAGAAAGUUCUAGUAAAUAAGUAUUUUAUAGUUUUCUGUUUAACAAUAGAACGAUUUGAUUAUGUUUUGUUGAUGUUGUUGUGGGUUCCUCAUAAUGUAAAAAAAUUUUAGUAAUUCGCGACAUACUUUUAAUUUACUUUACGUAUUUGUGUAAUUGUUUUAUUAUAAAAGUGUAUAUUUUACAUUGACUUUUUGUACACUAAAUAUGUAUCCGUCGCUUAUGUCAUGGUUGGGUUACAGACAUUUUUAAUAUUAAUGUUGUGAUUUAUUUGAGCUAUGAAAAAAUAUUUUGACCAAGUAUAGUCAUGGUGGUAUGAUUUUAAAUUAAAUUUAAACGUAUCUCAAUAUAUAUUUUAAGCGAACAGAAAAAAUCCUCUGCAUAUUACUGAAUAUGUAUAUUAAAAAAUUGUAUACCUCCUGGUGUAAAUUACAAAUAUUAUUGUAUAAUCUCAACGAAACAAAACGCGUCUCAAAAACAUAAUAGAAAAAAUUCAUCAUGUAUAAUUUGUUAUACAUUGGUACAUAAUACAUAUAUGUAUACUAGCCGGUCAUCUGACAUAGUAUUUCAACAUUAUACGAGUAUACCGUUGAAAUCUUAGUUUUUUUUUAAAAAUGUUAAUAAUAAUAAAUGUUAAUUAUGAAGCAGCACAAUUACUGGCAAACGAAAUAUGUAAAAUUCAUGUUUAAUUUUAAACCGUGCAAAGAGUUGUGUUACUGUAUAUUUUGUAUUUUAAAAAAUUCUCGUUUUAUAAUAAAUACCAUGUGAACGGCAGAGGAAAAACUGUGAAUAGUAUUAUAAGUACUGCAUUUCUAACAAGACCUUCUUUCACUUCAAUAGUAUAUGUACUUGUAUUCGGUUUUUUGUACUUUUUAACAUAUACAAUGCAUACAGGCAUACACACACGUAUAAGGUCCUCAUUGUAUUCUUACUACUUUACUAAAAACUUUGUCUAGCGGCUGAAUAGUUACACAAAUUUCUCUUCCUAUUAUCAGUGUGAGAUGAAAGAUUACAUAAGCAUAUACAUUCGAAAGAUGUCAUUACUUGUAACUAUACGUUUGUAUGUUUGGGGGGGGGGGCUGAUAUUUGUAUAUAAAUUUAAAUUUGAGUGUCAUUUAAAACGAAAUCAAAGAAAUUUUACACUGAGUGUAUGUAUUUUUUUUUUAUGGAUUAACAUAAAUUUGACAAAUUGUUUGAUAAGUAUUUGUGUUAAGACUUACUUUUAUUUGCGUUAAAAUGCACGAGCACGUUUUCAUUUGUUAACAUUUUUCUCGUAAACACUAAGGUAUCCAGUACUGUCCGCAACACACAGUGAAUGCCAGUUACGGACUUGGGGCUUUUUGAGGCGACCGUAAUGAAAUUUAUAAGUUUUGAUCCUUACCAGAACUAAAUUUGAAUGCGUAUUAUUUUGCUUGUACAGUCUUAAGAUAACUAAUUAAGGGAUGAAUUAUUUUAUGUAAAUUUAAUUAUAAAAAUAAACUAUAUCUAUACUUUCACGAAACACAAAGGGCGCCAAAUGAACAAAGACCUAAAUCCGUUCCUGGUAAUUUGAAUGUGCAAUUAGCUUUAAGUAGAUUCUCAACUCCUACAUUAUAUGUCACAUUAAAUAACAUCAAAACAUUUGUUAAUUUUUACAUUUCGUGUUUAGUUCCUGCAGAAGUUUUAAACGAGUGAUAGUUUACAUAAGUCUUAAGAAUUUUAGGUUUCUUAUUAUCAUACCUUGUGACAAAUAAAAUAUGAAUAGUUAAAAAAAGUUUAUUAUUUUGUAACCUGAGUGAGUCGAUCUCAAAUAAAAUAAUCGAAAUUGAACAUUUACAUUGUGUUUCAAUUAUAUCAU